AAGCCAAAACAUGUAUGAAGUCCUAAAAAUACAAUUGAAUUAAAUGAAAUGUGAGAGUUGUGAGUGAGGUUCUUUAAACCUGAAAGCAGUGAGAGGAUUUUCUCGAGAAAAUUUUAAGAAGAAACUCUAACUUUCUAGUUGAAGAAGAAGCUUUUAUUGGGCUGGCUUUGAUUCGGAUCUCCAGCCCACAAAAUUCAGCAUGAGUUGUUCCCCGCCAGAAAUGGAAGCCUUUCACUUGGUUAAAUUUUUGUAGCUGAAGAGGACGAGCUCCAAAUGUCACCUCAUCUUCUCUCUCAGCAAAAUCACACCAUCAAUCAUCUUUAACUGCGGAAAUGCUUCCAGCUUUCAGAUAUCGUCGGCCGCCCCGUUGCAGCGCAUACUUGUGCGCCAUUAUCAUCGUACUCCUGCUCCUCCUCUCAGUCUCUUUCCUCCACACGCGCCUUUCUCAACCGCAACACCUUCUCGACCGUCCCAAGCCUCUGCGAAACGAUGAAGUCGCCAGUUCCGACAGCCCUAGUUCCUCCACCGAGGACAAGAUCGACGAACUUGACAACGUCGAUGAAGGACAAGAAAACGAGGUCGUAGAUGCCGAAAUUCAAGGUCAAGUUCACGACCAGGACCAGCGUAAGAUUUCUUCGUCUGGCUAUUACUUCGAUCACGUGACUGGUUCAAUCAAGCGUGCGUUUAAUAAAAUAUCAAUUAAUGAGUGGGAUUUUGAUCACGUAAGUUUUAAUAGUUUUAUUGACUUUAGUGUAGAGUCGAGUUUAGAGGAUAGUUUUAAGGUUGUGUUUGGGUCUGAUGAUGUACCGGUGAAUGAUGAGGUGAGGAGGAAGUUGAUUGAAGUGACUGGAAUUGAAGAUGCCUUAAUGUUGAAGGUAGGGAGGAGGGUUUCACCUUUGAGAGAGAAAUGGGGGGAGUGGUUUGAUAUGAAGAUUGAAUUUUUAAGGAGGGAUAAAAUGUUUAAGUCACAUAUGGAGUUUUUGAAUGCCAUGAAUAAUCCAUUGUUGCAGGAUCCGGAUGGGGUUGGUGGUGUUAGUGGAUUACUUAGAGGUGAUAAAGUUAUAAUGAAGGCGAUUUUAUAUGAAUUUAAGCGCGUACCAUUUAUGGGGAAGAGGCUCAUUGGGCAAGGUAGGAAGAGUGAGAUUACGAGGGCGAAACGAAGGACUUUGGAGGAUAAUGCAAGUUAUCAAACUCAGAGCAGGGGAGUGGAUGGUGAUGGAAAGGAGAAUUUAAGCUUUAUUGCAAAUGUGAAUUUAGUGAAUGCGAGUAAUGGCAAUAAGGUAAAUGAGUCUUAUGAGGAAUUGAAAACUGAGAGUAAUAAGAAUGAUAAGAUAGGGAGCAGUUCUGAAGGUUAUAAGAGGAAGGAUGAGGUCUCAAGUCAUGCAUAUGCUGAUGGAAUGAGAUGGGGUUGCUAUCCUGGUUUGCAUCCUAAGCUGUCCUUUUCAGGCUUUAUGGAUGCAUUCUUUAGGAAUGGGAAGUGUGAUAUGAGGGUUUUUAUGGUGUGGAACUCACCUCCUUUAAUGUAUGGUGUCAGGCACCAAAGAGGGCUUGAGAGUUUGCUUUUCCAUCAUCGAGAUGCAUGUGUUGUGGUGUUUUCUGAGACAAUUGAGCUUGACUUUUUCAAAGACAGCUUUGUGAGGGACAGUUACAAAGUUGCUGUAGUCAUGCCAAAUCUUGAUGAGUUACUUAAGGAUACACCUGCCCAUAUAUUUGCUUCUGUCUGGUUUGAAUGGAGAAAGACAAAGUUUUACAGUACUCACUAUAGUGAGCUUGUUCGACUUGCUGCUCUUUACAAAUAUGGUGGUAUCUACAUUGAUUCUGAUAUUAUAGUUCUGAACAAAUUGUCUCAACUUAACAACUCUGUUGGUCUGGAGGAUCAACUUGCCCAAAGUCCUUUGAAUGGUGCGGUGAUGGCAUUUAGGAAGCACAGUCCCUUCCUAUUGGAGUGCUUGAAUGAGUUUUAUAUGACAUACGAUGAUAACCAUUUAAGGUGGAAUGGAGCUGAUCUUUUGACUAGAGUUGCAAGAAAGUUUUGGGGUAAAGAUAAUAUAUCCUUCAAAAGAUUGGAACUGAAAGUACAACCCUCUUACAUUUUCUUCCCUGUCAAUUCAUGGAAUAUCACAAGAUACUUCACCACUCCGGCAACAGAGAGUGAAAGAGCUGAACAAGAUGAUCUGCUAAAGAAGAUUCUUAGCGAGUCUUUGACAUUUCAUUUUUGGAACAGCUUGACUUCAGCUAUCACUCCUGAGUCAGAGAGCCUUGUAAGCAGGCUCAUUGAUAACUCCCGUAUCCAUUGCUCAGAUGCAAUGUGAGUUUUCUUAAUUUCUCCAAUCUCUUCUGAAAUCUGUCUGAGAUAGGAUGAACAAUGUCAUUUUCAGAGCAUUUCUUCUUGAUAGACUGGGUUUAGCUGCAUUGGAGGUCUCAGUAUCAUCUAUGGAAACAUGAGAAGCAGGUCCAUGCAUUCAGUUGUACAGUUUUAUAGUUAAUAAACGAGAUUGUAUUAAAAAGUAGAUGUGUUGUUUCUUCAUUGAUGUCAGAAGAUUAAUUGUGUGCCAAAUUUGGGCAAACAAUUUUGCUUUUUUCUUGCUGAGAAGGCUUGUGUGAAUAAUUUGGCUUCAGUUUUUCUUGUUAAGCAAUUGUAAUUUAUUUACUCAUGGUGUUUUA